AUGCCAGAUAAUAAAGAAAGCAAUAAUAUUUCUUAAGUAAGCGGACUUAACAUUGAAGAUUUUUUCUAUAAUAACCCAUCCUCAUAAUCUAAAGCAGGAUAUGAACAAUAUAGUAUGUUAAAAGUUAACUAAAGGUUAACAUCAAACAUGCUUGAAACAUUCAGGCAAAAAACCUAAGAAUCUUAGCACAUGUUGUCAAGAAAUUAAUUUAAAUAUCAAUCUAAAACUAUCGAAUUCAAGGUAGAGCCAGAGUACCUAAUGAAUAAUUUUCGUACUCAUUGUGAUGAAUCUGGGAUGAUUAGACAAUAAUUAAAAAGAAUUAACACUGGAAGAUGGACCAAGUAAGAGCAUGAACAAUUUCUGGAUGCUUUGCGUAAAUAUGGCAAGAAUUGGAAUAAAAUAUUCGACAGUUUGGAAACUCGAUCUGAGUAGCAAGUUAGGUCUCAUGCCUAGAAAUUUUUUAUUAAGAUGAAAUCCAAAAAGAACAUAAAGCAUCUAGAUAUUUAUGAAGCUUUAGUGUCAUAUAAUAGUAGGCAAAUCAUCUAAUAAUAGAAAAGUAGGAAUGUAGAAAAAAUUCAGGCAAAGACUUGCCAAAAUUCGAAUAGCAAGCACUUUGAUUUUAAUUUAGGAAAAGUAAUUCACUUAUUAUUGAUAAUUGAAUAUUUAUAGAAGGAUUAGCAGGAAAUUUUCUUAGUAGUUCGGGAUUUAAGUUGCAAAAAAGAGCCAAAAAUGCCAUAAAAUGAUUAGUCAACUACUAUUUAAGCAGUACCAAAUCAUGAGUGCUUGAAAAGCUCCCAGAGUUUAAGUAACAUCAAUCUGAAUAAAACUCGAAACAGAAAGAUAAGUGAAAGUACCAACAAUUCUACAUAAAAUAUUAAUAAGAGAUUAUUUCAAGUAGUUAGAUAAGAGUAAAAAGUAGUAAAUGCUAACACCCCAAAGAAUGACAUAGGCCAAAAACUUUUAAUUGAUUAAAAUUCCAGCUAAAAAAAGCUUUAACUAGCAGAAGAUGAGUUCAAAGAGUUUCUUGAAUGGAGAAGAAUGAAGUCUCAUUAAUAUGAUGAUGAAGAGUUAGUUCAAGAUAAUGAUUCUCGAAUUGAAUACAAUAUUUAAAAGUACUUAAGAACAGAAAAUUAAAAAGUCAAUAAGAGGAAGGAUAUAUCUCCAUCUUAGUUGCUUAUUGAAAUUGAUGAGUAAAGUCUCUAUGACGAAAUGGAAAGCAAUUCAAAAAAUUAAUCUGAAAAUCAAUUUUAUCAUAAAAACCUUAAGAGAGUAUUAACCUUUGAGUCAAGUGGCCAUAGUCCAGAUGUGAUAUCAUUGAAGAGUGAAUCAGCUUUUUAAGAGGAUAAUUAUGAGUUGAGUUAAUAUAUCAAUUACGGUUAAAUGAAUGAUUAUGACUUCAAUGAAAAUAGCAAGAAAUAUAACGAAAAUCAAUCUACUAUGAUACUUAAAAAUGGAUUUAACAACAGAACUCAGUUUUAAUACACUUAAUAGCACUAGUAGCAAGAUCAUGAGAUUUUAUGGUAAAAUAUUGAUGAAAUCCAAAUUAUUUGA